UGGUGGGCGGCGGCUCGAUCCGCGGGGCGGCAGGCGGCGUCCUCUUGCCAGCGCAGGAGGCGGGCUGGACGCGGGUCCUGGGCGCGGUGCGGGGCCCCCCUGCUCCGCGCUCCUCGGUGCUGCCCCGCGCUCUGCGCCCACAGGUGAGGCCCCGCGCGGGCGGCCGCCUCCCGGGACCGAGGGUGUGGCUGUGCGUGAGUGCGCCAGAACCCUCGGGGAGUCAGUGAAGUGGCAAGAAAUUGGGCGUCCGUGUUGGCUCCAUAGUUCCGAUGGAUGAUGGCAGGAAAAGUGAAGUGGGUCACUGACAUCGAGAAGUCGGUGCUGAUCAAUAAUUUUGAAAAGAGAGGAUGGGUCCAGGUGACGGAGAGCGAGGACUGGAAUUUUUACUGGUCUGCUCCCGCCCUCAGUGGUGACAGCUCCUGCUCAGGACAGCCCCCCUCUGGCGGGGUUACAUUGAGUCGGCCGUGGCCUCUGUCAUCGACCCUCUGCAGACCUGGGUCCAGAGCCCCGAUGAGCGUGCAAACCAUCCGAAACGUCUUCAGUGUGGAAACUGGCUAUCGGCUCUCAGACGAUCAGAUAGUCAACCACUUCCCCAACCACUACGAGCUGACCCGGAAGGACCUGAUGGUGAAGAACAUUAAACGGUAUCGGAAGGAGCUGGAGAAGGAGGGGAGUCCCCUGGCGGAGAAGGACGAGAACGGGAAAUACCUCUACCUGGACUUUGUCCCAGUCACCUACAUGCUGCCCGCCGACUACAACCUGUUCGUGGAGGAGUUCCGGAAGAGCCCGUCCAGCACGUGGAUCAUGAAGCCGUGCGGCAAAGCCCAGGGCAAGGGCAUCUUCCUCAUCAACAAGCUCUCGCAGAUCAAAAAGUGGUCCCGGGACAGCAAGACGUCCUCGUUUGUGUCUCAGUCCACGAAGGAAGCCUACGUGAUCUCCCUCUACAUCAGCAACCCGCUCCUGAUCGGCGGCAGGAAGUUCGACCUGCGCCUGUACGUCCUGGUGUCUACCUACCGCCCGCUGCGCUGCUACAUGUACAAGCUCGGCUUCUGCCGCUUCUGCACCGUGAAGUACACGCCCAGCACCAGCGAGCUGGACAACAUGUUUGUGCACCUCACCAACGUCGCCAUCCAGAAGCACGGGGAGGACUACAACCACAUCCACGGGGGCAAGUGGACGGUGAGCAACCUGCGGCUGUACCUGGAGAGCACCCGAGGCAAGGAGGUGACCGGCAAGCUGUUCGACGAGAUCCACUGGAUCAUCGUGCAGUCGCUGAAGGCCGUGGCGCCGGUGAUGAACAACGACAAGCACUGCUUCGAGUGCUACGGCUACGACAUCAUCAUCGACGACAAGCUGAAGCCCUGGCUGAUCGAGGUUAACGCGUCUCCGUCUCUCACCUCCAGCACCGCCAACGACCGGAUCCUUAAGUAUAACCUGAUUAACGACACCCUCAACAUCGCGGUCCCCAACGGCGAAAUCCCAGACUGCAAGUGGAACAAGUCCCCCCCGAAGGAGGUUCUUGGCAAUUACGAAGUUCUGUACGAUGAGGAGCUGGCGCAGGGGGACGGGGCCGAGCGCGAGCUGAGAAGUCGCUCGGGCCAGUCGCUGGGGCCCAGAGGGAUCCGGUCCAGAGACUCGGGGAGAUCCUUCCUCACGACCUGGAAGUGACCACGGUAAGGGCGAGACUCCAGCCUGGACCAGCGCUCACUGCGCCCAGCCCUCCCCAAAGACCUAUUUUGAAAUUUCCUUUUUCUAGAGCUUUUUCCUUUCCUAAGCCCUGUAAAUAAAUAAAGACGUUUCUUUGGAAGGUUAA